UUGUGACCCCAAGGACUGUAGCCCGCCAGGUUCCUCUGUCCAUGGGAUUCUCCAGGCAAGAAUACUGGAGUGGGUUGCCAUUCUCCUCUCCAUCAAAGCUGUACCUGGAGGAAUAAAUGUCAUCCAAUGGCCUUGAAAAAUCACACCAGGGUGUCGGAAUUUAUCUUCUGUGGACUUACCCAAUCUCAAGAGCUGAGUGCACUCCUAUUUUUCCUUUUAUCUAUAGUUUAUGUAACAACUGUGUUUGCAAAUGUUGCCAUCAUGGUCACUGUGAGCUGUGAGUCUCGCCUCCAGACCCCCAUGUACUUCCUGCUCCGCAACCUCUCCGUCUUGGACAUCUGCUUCUCCUCCAUCACCGCCCCCAAAGUCCUAGUGGACCUUCUUUCGGAGAGAAAGACCAUCUCCUUCCGUGGCUGCCUCACACAGAUGUUCUUUUUCCACCUCCUCGGGGGCGCAGACAUCUUCUCUCUCUCAGUCAUGGCCUUUGACCGCUACGUGGCCAUCUCCAAGCCCCUGCACUACGUGACCGUCAUGAGUCGGGGGCGGUGCAUUGGGUUGAUAGUGGCCUCCUGGGCUGGGGGCUUCGUCCACUCCAUCGUGCAGAUCUCCCUGUUGCUCCCCCUCCCCUUCUGCGGACCCAACGUUGUGGACGGUUUCUACUGCGACGUCCCCCAGGUCCUCACACUCGCCUGCACAGACACUGCUGUCCUUGAGCUCCUGAUGAUUUCCAACAAUGGCCUGGUCACCACCCUGUGGUUUGUCCUGCUUCUUGUGUCCUACACAGUCAUCCUGACGAUGCUGAGGUCCCACUCUGGGGAGGGCAGGAGGAAAGCCAUCUCCACCUGCACCGCCCACAUCACGGUGGUCACCCUGCACUUUGUGCCCUGCAUCUACGUCUACGCCCGGCCCUUCUCCGCCCUCCCCAUGGACAGGGCUGUCUCCAUCACCUUCACUGUCAUCAUUCCUGUCCUGAACCCCCUGAUCUACACCCUGAGGAACCAGGAGAUGAAGGCAGCCAUGAGGAGACUGAAGAGGAGAUUCAUGCUUUCUGAAAGGGGAUAGUCUCCUUAUAGAUUGUGGAUCAAGAUGUAAGUAUAUAAUUGAAAUAUUUUCUUAAAAUAUUAGCUGUCAUAUUCAGGGGCUCAACUGUACAUAGACAAUUAACUAGACCAGGAUGGCACAGGUACAAAGGACCAGCGACCUGGAACACCUGUAUCGGAAAAGAACGCCAGCAGGAAGUUACGGGAAAGAACCUAGUUCUUGAAGAGUAAUUGACAACAAGCCAGGCACAGAUACGGACUGUACUAGAAAUGGGUGUCCAGUCAAAGGGUGAAAGACAGCACUCUGACAUCCAGGUAGGCAGUAGGCCACCGGGGCCUCUGUCUCAACAAAGCAGGGAUACAGCUUCUGGGUCCCAAUGCAACGAUAGUUCCCUAUGACUAUUUCCUAAGCAUAUGCUAGGUACCAAACUCUGUCUGGGGACAUUCUUCUCUAUCAUUUCUGUUCUAUCAGCAACUUUGGGCCUACUCUUUCAAUCAGCUCAUCUAUAAAAUAUACUGGCACAGCCCCCCACAACCAUCUGUUACACGUAAAGGGUUUUAGUUUUGAAGGAUCUCCAUUGCCUGCCACUCUCUGUGACUUUGUCAGACUUAGACAUGACCUGGGACUCACACCAUCUGAUUUGGUGAAGUGGCUACAUGUAAGUGCAGCCAGUGGGACCGCCUGCCCUACUGCCCACAACACU